AUGUCGGUUUGUGUAAGAUACAUCGAGCCCCAGAACAAUAUUUUUAUAUUGCGCGAAGACUUUUUGACUUUUGUUCCAGUUGAAAAUACUAAAGGAGCGUACUUAGCUGAGAGAAUUCUCUCUACUUUAAAAAACGUAGGGAUUGAUUGCGAAUAUUUAAUUGGACAAGGAUAUGACGGCGCUGCUGCUAUGAAAGGCUGUUUCAAUGGUGUACAGGCAGUGAUUCGCAAAUCUCAUCCAGAAGCCUUAUAUGUGCAUUGCUGCUCCCAUUCGUUAAAUUUGGCUCUAUGUCAUUCUUGCCAAAUUCAGUCAGCUCGAAACACCAUUGGUAUCAUAAAAUCUGUUGGGAAUUUUUUAAAGUCAUCUGCGAAGCGAACAAGUUACUUAAAGGAGAACAUUAGACAAAAAUUCCCUGAAACCAAAUAUAAAAACCUUACAGCGAUGUGCGACACUCGGUGGGUUGAUAAUCACGAUGGACUGAUAAGAUUCGAAGAAAUUUUUGAAGCUAUUGUUGAUGCACUGGAAGAAUUAAGUUGCGAUAUGGAUUCUGACACUUCAUCAAGCGCGACAUCUUUUUUGAGAUCCAUUACCGCUAGCGAUUUCGUUGUAAGUUUAUGUUGCAUGGCUAUGCUUUUUUAUUACACAUUGGCACUCUGCAAACUACUUCAGUCUCCUACGUGCGAUCUUGCAGCUGCUUUACAACACAUCGGGAUAAUAACAAAGACUUUUGAAAAAAUUCAGGCCAAUGUCGAUUUAAAAUUUGCAGUGAUUUUCAAAACUGCACAAGAUUUACUCCACACUGUGAAUGAAGAAGUAAGAAUUCCACGAAUCGCAAAUCGACAACAGUACAGAGCAAACCAAAAUACAAACGAUCCUGAAUCUUAUUUUAGGCUAAUUGUUGUGAUCCCACUCUUGGAUGACUUUAUCAAUCAUCUUCACUUAAAGUUCGCAGAUCACAAAUCGACACUAUUAUCUCUCUACAUUUUGAUUCCAUCUUUAUGCUGCAAAAAUGAUUCUAACUUUCAAAUUAAUGCCUUUAAAGUUUAUAGAAAGUUCUUAGAAUGGGAGUCUCUAGAAGUGGAGUUGCACCUAUGGAAAAUGAAAUGGCAACAAGAAUCAGAGAUAAAUCAUCCAACUUGUGCUAUUGAAGCUCUUGGGGAGUGUAACGAGAACCUGUUCCUAAGUAUCCAUAAGCUUUUAAAAAUUCUAGCAACAUUACCUGUUACUACAUGUACCCCUGAGAGAACAUUUUCUACAUUGAAACGCCUUAAAAUAUAUUUGCGAAAUUCUACCGGUCAAGAAAGACUGACUGGAUUGGCUUUAAUGUCUAUGCAUCGCAAAAUCGAUAUCAACACUGAAGCGGAGAUUGAUUUGUGCGCAGCGAAGAAAGCCAGAAGAUUGAAUAUACUUUUGUAA